AGUCACACCCACACACCUCUUCUACUUCCACCUCUCAUAACAAACACUCAAUAAAAAAAUGUCUACCUUACAUACGUCACUUCUCGACCACACCAAUCCCUUCCUAUUUCCCCACCGGAAUCCCAACAACACGCCGGUAACCGUCUCCAAACCCUCAUCUCGCCGGAAUCUCACCGUCCGUUCAUCCUCCACCAAGUCUCAACCGUCCGAUUCAGAUAAUCUGAUCCCCGUACUCGCCACUUCCGCCGCUCUACUUUUUCUCACCUUCGGCGGCGUUCGUAGCUCCGCCUGCCUUGCUGCCACCUCCCGCCGUGUUCCGCCGGCUGUAGGUGUCUCCGAUGAUAAUGCAUUGCUUGAUAGUCACUCGAUUCAAGACAGUGAAGAUGUUAGAGGAUAUGAUAGUGAAGAAUUAAAAGCUGCAUUUGAGAGUUACAAAUCAAAAACUUAUGCUCUUACGGUUCCAUUGAGAAUCGUUGCUCUGCGCAACUCAGUCCCUCCGUUAUGGAUUAAGAGUUUCAUACAAUCUCAAGGAAGGAGAGUAAAGUUUCGUCUAGAGUUUCGUGGAACUAUACAAGAUAUCUUUUCAGAGCUCUCUACAACAAUUGGUAAAGGAGUUGUUACUUCUAAAUCUGCUGGGGCUGCUGAUAUCGUAUCUCUUGGUGACACCUGGCUUAAUUUUGCCAUCAGUAAGAAAUUAAUUGAACCCGUACAAGGUGUUGAUGAUCAAGAUUGGUUCCACACUCUAAGUGACAAGUGGAAGGUGUAUUUGCGCAGGAAUAGUGAAGGAAAAUCAGAUGCUCAGGGUAAGAUAUAUGCUGUUCCAUAUCGAUGGGGAAGCAUGGUAAUAGCUUACAAAACAAACAAAUUUCGACAACAUAAUUUGGCCCCUAUAGAGGACUGGUCGGACCUGUGGCGGCCCGAUCUUGCUGGAAAGAUUGCGAUGGUUGAUUCUCCAAGAGAGGUGAUUGGUGCAGUAUUGAAAUACUUGGGGGCAUCAUAUAAUACAAGUGACAUCGAUUCUGAAGUUACUGGUGGGAGAAAUGCUGUGAAGCAUGAACUUGCUUCACUUAGAAAUCAGGUUCGGCUAUUUGAUAGUGCAAAUUAUCUUAAAGCAUUUAACGUUGGUGAUGUUUGGGUGGCUGUUGGGUGGAGUAGUGAUAUUGUUCCUGCUGCUAAACGCAUGUCGAAUGUUGCUGUGGUUGUUCCAAAAUCAGGAGCUAGUUUAUGGGCCGAUUUAUGGGCAAUACCGGCUGCUUCAGGCAUCGCUAAAGACGAACUCGGAGGUCGAGUUAGAGGGCCGUCUCCACUUGUGCAUCAAUGGUUCGAUUUCUGCUUGCAACCACAAAGAGCAUUGCCUUUUGAAGAGGAGAUAGUUGCAGGUGCAUUACCAUCAGCCAUUGACCACACCCCUGUCCCAAAGUCAAAAACAUUGACCAAAAAUAAACCGAAACUUGAUACAAAUCUCAUUGCGGGAGUACCCCCACCUGACGUUUUAACAAGAUGCGAGUUUUUGGAGCCUUUAUCGGAUUCUGCUUCGUUAGAUUAUCAGUGGCUAAUAGGUAGCAUGCAAAACCCUAAUCAUGGAUUUAUGCAUAAAUUGCAGCAUUUAAUGUUCCAGGCAUCGAAAGUCCUACAGACUAAGUUAUUAUAGCUUGAGUUAUAUCUCUAUAACUGAACUAUUAAUUACCGAAUUCUGUUGUAGAAUUUGAAAUCAUUUUUAGGAGGUUGCAAGCCGGGAGUACUUGUGCAAAGUCUAAGUUGUUUCGACUUAA